AAAUGUAUAACGAUAGGUACACGAUAAUGCACACAAACAUAGACCCAUUACGCGGUGAUAACGACAUAUUGCAGAACAUUUAAUAAAAAUGGAGUUAGCGGAAAUAAAAGAAAAGUUUGAAGGUGUCUGGAAAUUGGACAGAAGCGAAAAUUUUCAGGAAUUUCUACAAGAAGUAGGUGUUGGUUUACCCCUUCGGAAGAUGGCGUCUCUUGCCAAACCGGAAAUGACAAUAACAAUAGAAAAUGACAAUAAAAUCAAAAUUAUAAUGAAGACUGGCUUUUUCACCCAAGAGGACUGCUUUCAUCUGAAUGAGGAGUUCCUCAAAGAAAUGCAAGGGACGAUAAUGAAGGCAACUGCUACAUAUGAAGAGGGGAUGAUCAAAAUGACCAACACACCUGUUGAUCCAAAAUCCAAAGUCAAGGAGCAAAUUAUUCACAGAGAAAGGAUAGGCGAUGAAAUGGUUUUGACACUUUACACCGGAAAUGUUGUGUGCAAGAGGUAUAUGAAGAAGAUUGGCUAAGAGAACAAUACUAAGUACACUUAUCAACAAUCGGGUUGAAAUAUAAUUAGAUUUGUAUCAUAACAGUUGCGUAUGUCACACCGAUGAUCAUUUUCAUAUAUUUACAUUUCCAAUGAUUUUGCCUUCAAUAUCUUUACCAAUGAAAAUGAUGGUCAUUUACUCAUGAAUGUGAAAGAUGUGCAUAUGCAUUUUGAUAAUUACAGUACUACUAUUUCAAAGGCUUGGAAUUCCCCGAAAGAAAUGAUAGAAGAAUGUAGAUACAACAUGUAUAAGAAAUAAAUUUCAUUUUUGAAAGCACAUGAGGGUAUGAACUGCAACGUAACAUACCGGUAUAUUUCGCUAAUGAUUUUCGUCACAACAUGUAUUAGGAAUACAACCCUCCCAGCAGUGUCAGUAUAUCUGAUAUUUCUACAGAUGGUGCAUCUCUAAAUUUUCUAAAACUGUUAACAUUGAAUGUAUCACUGAUAGUGCCUCCUCUGAUACGUUGUCUUUGUUUACAACACUAAGGCUAUGUGAAUUAUAGUCAGACGACACAGGUUUUCUAUUCUCAUAGCACGCAUUAUGAUGUCAUUGUAAAUGCCAUUUGCUUUUUUCAUGAAAGUACAUAUCAUUAAAACUCUCAAGUUGUCAA